AGUUUCUUCAUCAACUCAGCGGCUUCUAUCUUCUUUGUUCUCUGCUUAAGGAACUUGAAAAGAAAGGUAGUAGAAAGUUAUGGCUUACGCACCACCAACGAAGCAAGGAAAGACUGAAUUUGAGAAGCCACAAGAGCAGAUUCACAAGAUCGGAAUCACUCUCUCCUCAAAGAACGUCAAAAACCUUGAGAAGGUGUGCACUGACUUGGUCCGUGGUGCCAAAGACAAGAGAUUGAGAGUGAAAGGACCAGUGAGGAUGCCAACUAAAGUUCUCAAAGUUACCACAAGAAAAGCUCCUUGUGGUGAAGGAACCAACACAUGGGACAGGUUUGAGCUCCGUGUACACAAGCGUGUGAUCGAUCUCUUCAGCUCUCCUGAUGUUGUGAAGCAGAUCACUUCCAUCACCAUUGAGCCUGGUGUUGAGGUCGAGGUCACCAUUGCUGAUUCAUUCAUGCGCUUUAAUUCACAAUCUUGUCUUUGAAUUCCAGCGACUUCUCUUUUU